AUGUCAUGUCGCCAGGAAUCUGGUCACCGAAGGAAGAUUCACUUGCCCACCGUCCUGGUGAUCCUGGGACACAUAUCGUUUAAGGAACAAGAGAUUGCGGCUCUGACACCCAGAUUCCAAUGCUAUAUAACGCCACCUACCAUCUUCAAAAUUCCAUCAUGGAUCCAUUACUCGUAUCGUUACCGGCACACUUAUGAUGAGGCGGUGCUUUUCGUGGCAUGCAUGUGGGAAAAAAAUAUCUUCCGUCUGCCAGUCUUUGCAAUUUCGGCCACCAUGAAAGGCCGCUGGUACACGCCCAAAAUCGAUGAUUCCCAUAACCCAAAGAUAGGCUACUACGCUGUGUUGGAGGAAUGCGAGCGCUUCGAAGGAUACGGGAUUCCCCAACAGAUUUGCAACGACUCUAGUACGAAAUAUUAUGACAACAUAUUCGUAAACAAUAGUUAUUUAUUUGUGCAUACUUACGAUAAGUCACCAGGGAGAAAGAAAACCUUCGUUUUUGAUGAUGCAGUUACUCAAGGACAAAAGGUCUGUUACGCAAGGUACAACUACACAAAGUAUGACCACACCCUCGCCCUUUACGACGUGAACUACGAUUACGCUCCCAGCAAUUGCAAGAAGAAGAUUGCUGGUUCAUACGCACGAACCCGCGUCUACAAGAAACUCGCCAAAUUUAUCAACGAUUACAUUAACAGGGAUCAGAAAGAAUGCCUUCGUAUCGCUUACGCUAAACAGCCGUAAUCUAUAUACUCCAGAAUACUUGAAGCCAUUAAAGGUUUGAUGCGAGCACCUGUGGUAAUGAGUAUUCUGAUUGUUUAUCAGUGUGCUUCGCUUGAUAAACUUGUAGCAUAAAAUGGAACAUCAU